AUGGACAAGAACAUUCUUGAUGCUGCUAGUGGUGGAGCAUUAGUCGAUAAAACUCCAGCUGUUGCCAAAGCCCUUAUUGAAAAUAUGUCUCUUAAUUCUCAACAGUUCACCACUAGAGACAAUUCUGUGCAAAGCAAAGGCGUAAGUCAAAUUCAAGUUUCUUCCAACAAAGCUUUAGAGACCAGAAUUGACGAACUCACUGCCUUAGUCAAACAGCUGGCAGUAGAAAACCCUCAAACAACAACUUUGUAUGGCAUUUGUACUUCUCCUGAGCACCCGACCGAUACUUGUCCUAUUCUGAGAGACGAGUCCAUUACUGAGCUGCCACAAGCUUAUGCAGCCAACCUUUACAAUCAAAACAGGUACAACAACACUCAUGACCUGUCCACCAACAAAUACCAUCCCAACCUUCGAUAUGGAAACCCGCAAACCAGCCAACAACAGAACUCACCUCAAGUGGCUGCCCCUGCACCUUCCGGACCAUCCUUGGAGGAUCUUGUUAAGCAAAUGGCCGUGAACAACCUCCAGUUCCAACAAAGGACCGAUGCUAGCAUUCAGAUCUUGAACACACAGAUGGGACAGCUUGCUACUCAAAUAAAUAACAUGCAAGCUCAAGGUUCGAACCAACUUCCAGCCCAGACAGUUGUCAAUCCGAAUGGUCCUAAUGCUAAUGUGAGCGUAAUUUCUUUGAGAUCCGGAAAAGUUACAGAGUCAGCCCCUGAAAAAAAUAAAAAAAUCAUUGAGGUUCCUAAGUAUGCAAAGUUUCUAAAAGAUUUGUGUACCAACAAAAGGAGGAUUAAGGGAAGUGAAAGAGUAAACUUAGGACGAAAUAUUUCUGCCUUUAUUCAGCCCAAACAAUCAUCCAAACAGAUUGUAGGCGAGCAAAAUGUUUCAGCCCUCACUACUCAGAUUUCUAUAUUCUAG